AUGGAUUGGGACGACUCCAUUUCCCUACAAAGAAAAGAGAUGAACCUUGACAAGUACUGGUUUGGUGUCUGCCAUGAGCUCUCUAACAAUAAAUUGGUUUCAUUGCUUUCUCUAAUCUCCUCAACCAUUGUGUCUGCAAAACCAUAUAAUAUACCAAGUCUCGGUCUUUCCGGAGGAAUUUUCCUGAAAGGAGGUGGAACGAAGACAACAAAAGCAGCAGCACAAACAAAUGCAGAAACCCCAAAAAACGACUAUGAGAUAUUUUUCUACAAUCAAACACUUGAUCACUUUAGUUAUACCCCUGAAAGUUAUACCACUUUUCAACAAAGAUAUGUGAUUAAUUCCAAACACUGGGGCGGUGCCAAGGAAAACGCGCCAAUCUUCGUUUACCUUGGUGCUGAGGACUCGUUAUUUGAUGGUGAUGUUGCUGAUAUGAGUGGUGGGCUUCUAACUGAAAAUGCCCCUCGUUUUAAAGCUCUCUUAGUCUAUAUAGAGCAUCGGUUCUACGGAAAAUCAGUUCCAUUCGUAUCAUUUCAAAAUGCGAUAAAAAAUGCUACUCUUCGCGGGUAUUUCAAUUCGGCUCAAGCAAUAGCAGAUUAUGCAUCUGUAAUCACAUACCUCAAGGAGAAAUUUUCUGCUCACUACUCUCCCGUUAUUGUAAUAGGAGGAUCCUAUGGAGGAAUGCUUGCGACAUGGUUUCGAUUAAAGUAUCCCCACAUCGCCCUCGGAGCUCUAGCCUCAUCGGCACCUGUUCUUUUUUUCCAUGGCGCCCUCCCAUAUAAUGAGUAUUAUGCUGUUGUUUCAAAGGAUUUCAAGCAAGCUAGCAAGAGUUGCUUUCAUACUAUAAAAAACUCAUGGUCAGAAAUAAAUAAAGUUGCUUCUCAGCCAAAUGGUCUUUCAAUCCUUAGUCAGAGAUUCAAGACUUGCUCCCCCAUAAAUGGAUCGGAGGAGCUCAAGGACUUCAUAUCAGGCAUCUUCAUGGAUGCAGCCCAGUAUAAUUCUCCACCAAAAUAUCCUGUAACUAUGAUCUGUCGUGCCAUUGAUAGAGCAUCUAAUACAACCGAUAUUCUUGGUCGGAUAUUUGCUGGUGUCGUUGCCACUAACAAGACUAAAGAAUGCUUUGAUACGAGGCAAAACCUGACUUCUGGUACCGAAUCAGAUGGGUAUGCUUGGCAAAGAUGCAGUGAGUUAGUUGGGCCCUUUGGAGAAAGGGGAGACACUAUGUUGGAACGUGAUAAUUCGACUUUAAGUAACUUCACCAAUGGUUGCAUCAACUCCUAUGGCGUCCCACCAAGACCUCAUUGGAUCACAACCUAUUUUGGAGGCAAAGAUAUUGGAUUGGUUCUCCGAAGGUUUGGUAGCAACAUCAUUUUCUCCAAUGGACUAAAAGAUCCUUAUAGUGCUAGCGGGGUGUUGAAGGACAUCUCAGACACUAUUCUUGCCAUUCAUACAGUUAAUGGAUCUCAUUGUUUAGACAUAGUGGGAGCAUCGCCAAAUGAUCCAAUUUGGUUGGUCGAGCAACGAAAGAGAGAGUUAGAUGUCAUUGAAGGAUGGAUCAAAACCUACUAUGCUGAUCUUUCAUCCUUCAAGAAAACAAAAUAA